UCCGAAGCCUCGCCCGCCUCGGGCUCCUUGGUGGUUGCUAGGGCAACAGGAGCCCCCCCCCAACCGCUGCUUGAACCCCGCCAGCUGAUUGGCCCUGGCCGCCCGCUCGGGGCGGGGCUGGCCGUGAUGGACAUUUUCUCUCCGCCACGCUCCAUUUUGAGGAACGCGUCUCUCCCGCCACGACCCACGGUCGCGCCAUUUGGGGCGUGGCUGGGCGGCUGCCAUCUUGAGUGUGGCUGAGGAAGUUUGAUCGCUGUUUCUCCCAGGAAACAGGAAAUUGACCCCAUUUCACGCGGUAAAGUAAUCAGGGUUCAGACAGAGGAUGCCACUGCCCAGAGGUCACACAGCAAAUAUCUUGAACAUCCUGGAAAGGAAUUCAGGAAAUCCUCUGGGAACCUCUCCCCAGUCAUGGACAGCUGCAGUCUUCCAGAGCUCCAGAAGCCUCUGCUGGCAGGUGCAGGCCGUGAGCCUCCUGUCCAGAACCCUGGUGAGCGUGAGCCAGGCCCCCCUCUCCGGGAGACAGCCUUUGCUGAGUCGCCGAGGGCUUGGCCGUUCCUACCAUCACUUCCAUCUGUGAGCGCUGGCCUGGGGGAGCCAGGGCACCCAGACCCCGAGGACACAUCAUCCAGUGACAGCGACUCAGACUGGGAUGGGGGUGGCCUCCUCUCCCCGCUCCUACCCCACGACCACCUCGGCUUGGCUGUCUUCUCCAUGCUGUGCUGUUUCUGGCCCCUGGGCAUCGCUGCCUUUUGCCUGGCCCAGAAGACCAACAAGGCCUGGGCCAACGGGGACAUCCAGGGGGCAGGGGCUGCCUCCCGCCGUGCCUUCCUGCUGGGGGUCCUGGCUGUGGGGCUGGGCGUGUGCACAUACGCAGCGGCCCUGGUGACUCUGGCUGCCUACCUUGCCUCCCGAGACCCACCCUAGCUGCCCCAGCAGCUCCGUGAACCCAGAGGCCG